GCCCCCGCGGGGCCCGCCCCCUCUGAUCCGACCAGGCGCUCAGUCAUUCGCUCACUCAGAUAAUUUGGAUCAUCAGCCUGGUUACAUUCGGAGCAGAGAUGGCGCGGUCCAAGGCCAGGGUGUACACUUGUUGCGCGCUGCUGCUGCUGCUUGUCUUCGCUGUCAUCGUGGCCAUAGCUGUGGCUGUGAGGCGCAGAUGCCCCAAUGACUCUUUCUCCAAAGCUGCCGUCGCUGCAGACACUAAGACAUGCUCAGAGGUUGGAAGAGACAUGCUGCAGCGCGGCGGCUCGGCGGUAGAUGGCGCCAUUGCUGCGCUUCUGUGCACCAGUAUCAUGAACCCGCAGAGCGCGGGGCUCGGAGGGGGCUCCAUUUUCACAGUGAUGGACAGCUCAGGUAAUGUGAAGAUCAUCAACUCCAGGGAGACUGCCCCAUCCAAGGUGGACCCCCACCUGCUGAAGUCCUGCUCCCAGAGCUUCAACCUGACGUCAGGAAGCAAGUGGAUCGGCGUUCCAGGGGAAAUUCGAGGGUAUAAAUUGGUUCACCGUCGAUACGGAAAACUGCCGUGGGCCGAACUCUUCCAGCCGACCAUCAAGCUGGCCAGAGAAGGAUUUCCUAUUCCUCCAGUUCAGGGCUUGUUUAUCUCAUUCAUUGAUCAAAAACAGACGCCGCCUCUAUGGAAGGCAUUUACAGAUGAAAAAGGAAACCUGCUCAAGACUGGAGACAUCAUUAAAUUUGAGAAACUGGCCGACACUUUGGAGACGAUUGCAAACGUUGGAGCAGAAGCCUUUUACUCUGGAAGGAUAGCAGAGGAUUUGGUCAGAGACGUGCAGGAGGCAGGAGGAGUCCUCACACUGGAGGACUUGGCAUCAUAUAAGGUUAAAGUGACUGAUGCGUGGGUCGUCCCUAUGGGGGACUACCAGAUGUACAUACCCCCUCCCCCCUCAGGAGGAACACUCCUCAGCCUCGUCCUCAACAUCAUGAAAGGGUAUCAUAUGGAUUCAGCUCCUCAGUCUGCUGAUCAAAAGACCAGGUUUUAUCAUCGCUACGUUGAAGCUUUUAAAUUUGCCAAUGGAAUGAAGAAACACAUUGGGGAUCCAAACUUUAUAUCAAAUAAGACAGCAAUGAAAAUGAUAGAAGCUGAUUUUGCAGACCAUAUACGGACUCUGAUCAGCAGCAACAGGACACACGACCCCCAGUAUUACAGCCUGACUCCUUAUCUGGACAGCUUGGGUACCACUCACUUAUCUGUACUGGCUGAAGAUGGAUCGGCCGUCGCUGUCACCAGCACCAUCAACCACAUAUUUGGCUCCAAAGUCUACUCUUCAAGAACUGGAAUCGUUCUAAACAACGAGCUGUCAGACUUUUGUAAAAGGACCGAUGAGAUCUUCCCUGGGGAGCAGCCCCCCUCCUCCAUGGCCCCCACUGUGCUGAAGUCUCGAUCGAAGACGCUGGUGAUUGGAGGGAGUGGUGGGAGUAUGAUCACAACGGGCCUGGCCUCUGCCCUCAUCAACCACCUUUGGUUUGGGAAGAGCCUUAAAGAGGCCAUUGAUGCUCCUGUUGUGUUUGUUGACUCUGAAAAUACACUGAAGUUCGAACCCAAAUUUGAUAAGGAUAUAAUUAAGGAGCUCAAAGCGUUGGGGCACAAUCAGAAAGAAGCGACCCGAUUCUACAAUGUGGUUAAUGUAGUUGAGAAAAAGGAUGGCUGCAUCUGCGCUGUGUCUGACCAGAGGAAGAAGGGAGAAGCAGCUGGUUACUGACACCUCUGCUCGGGAUUUUCCUGAAAUUGAUCCAGAUCUUCUUGCAGCAGAAAGUGUCCAUUGUUGCUCAUCACUGAACGAAACGUGGAAAAACAGGUUUAAUUUACUGAGCUGUCUUGCACUAACAUGUCUGCCUGUUGACACAGACUGUUACAUGCUGAUACCAAGGAGAAAGACUCUUUUUAUCACUGCGGGUUUGUACGCGUUUUUAUUCAAGCCAGUCUUGUACAUUGUUGCCGUUAAAUUUUUUUAAUUUUAAUAUAAAACUAGGACUGAUGAAUACUUACUUACACAACUUGAGUCUGAAUGUUGGCUGCAGUUCAUUCUUUUAGUCAGAAUCUUUUGAAUUAUGUGAAUUUUCAAUAUGAGCCUUUGUUGUAAUUUUAGUAUGAAAUGUAAUUUUUUUUGCAGGGUUAAUGUAUAUAAACAAAGCUUACACACAA